AAGGCAUAAGCGCCUCGAUAUCGUUGACGUUACAUUGAAGGUUAUCAGUUGUGUUUGAGAGAUCCUUAUCUCUUCUUGUACAAUGUCAGAGCCUUUACCAAGUGUUGAAGAUUUGCACAAAUUGAAGUUAAGCGACCUGAAAAAAAUAUGUAAAGAGAACAAACUUCCAUCUACAGGAACAAAAGUCGAACUCAUCUCACGUAUUACGGAAAUGCACGGAAAUAAAUUUGUACUGUUACAACCUGGCGAUGAAGCAGAACUGCUUGGGGAUGAUGAGGAUGGUGAUUCUAACCAUGUGAAUAUAUCACAUUCUACGACAACAGAAAUGGAUUGUAGCAAUAGUAAUGGAUCUCCAAAUGACCUUAAUUUCCCAGCUGUAACUGUAAAUAAAACUGUAGGACGUAAACGUCCAGCCAGUGAACUGACACCUGAAAAAGAUUCAAUGACUAGUGGUGAGAAAGUUCUGAAAAUUGCACAUACAACUGAUGAUUCACAUGAUAAUGCUAAAGAGGAAAUAAAAACCUUAUCGGAUUCUGAGCGUCUAAUAUGUCGUACUAAACGUUUUAUGUCCGAUGAUGAAAAAACAAUUGCUCGUGCUAAACGAUUUGGUUUACCAAUUAGUAAUAAUGUCAAUACUGUCUGUUUAAAUGAUACUUCAAAAUUGGAUGAAUUAGAAAAAUUAAAAAAACGUGCUGAACGAUUUGGUGUUACUACUAGUAAAACAUUAGAAAAGUUAACCGAUUUGGAGCGUAAAGCUAAACGUUUGGAGAAAUUUGGCAAACCUUUAUCAUCAGUGAAUACACAGAUUAAUGAUGAAUUAGCAAAGUCUAUUCGUGCACAAAAAUUUGGUCUAGUUUUAUCCAAUAACAAUAGUAUGUCGGAUACUGAAAAAUUAUCUAAACGUCAAGCACGAUUUGGUUUAGUUGAUAAUAAAAUGUAAAACUACAUGAAUCAGUUUGUAAAGUUUUUAUAUUUUUUUUCCAAAUAUGAUUUAUCAUUAUACAUA